CCCAUCAACCAGCCGACAACGAACUCCCGCUCGAAAGAUAACCAACACGCAACAAACACCUGCCAGAGCUCUUAGACGGUCAUUUCCUUUGAAGAAAUAACACCGCAACAUGACCGUCACACAAAACGAUCCCGCCCCUGCGGCUCCGGUAACCGCCACCGAACCCCGACAUGAAGAAUACCAAUACCUCGAUUUAGUCCGCGAGAUCCUCGACGAAGGGGAGCUCCGUAGCGACAGAACCGGCACGGGCACCUACUCGAUCUUCGCCCCACGCCCCCUCAAAUUCUCCCUCAACCGCGACGGCGUGCCUAUCCUCCCGCUACUCACAACCAAGCGCGUCUUCACUAAAGCCGUGAUCGCCGAGCUCUUGUGGUUCAUCUCGGGCGACACCUCGUCACACACACUGUCAGCCCAGGGUGUCAAGAUCUGGGACGGCAACGGAUCGCGCGAGUUCCUAGACAAGCUCGGCCUAACCGAGCGGGCGGAGGGGGACCUGGGUCCCGUGUACGGGUUCCAGUGGCGGCACUUCGGCGCGCGGUACGUGGACAGCGGGACCGACUACACAGGCCAGGGGGUAGACCAGCUGGCGCGCAUCGUGCACACGCUGCGCACCAACCCCUUCGACCGGCGGCUGGUGCUGAGCGCCUGGAACCCGGCCGACAUGCCCAGCAUGGUGCUGCCGCCGUGCCACAUGUUUGCGCAGUUCUACGUCUCCUACCCGGGCGCGGGGCGGUCACGCCGCACCGAACAAAACCCCACCACCACAACCCCCGAACCAACAGCCACCACCCCCGAACCAACAGCCACCACCCCAACCCCCAAAGGCCACCUCCACUGCCAGCUCUACCAACGCUCCUGCGACAUGGGCCUGGGCGUGCCGUUCAACAUCGCCAGCUACGCGCUGCUGACGCACAUGCUGGCGCACGUGUGCGACCUGGUGCCCGGGUCGCUGACCCACGUCAUGGGCGACGCGCACGUGUACCUGAACCACGUCGACGCGCUGCAGACCCAGCUGGAGCGGGAGCCGCGCCCCUUUCCCGAGCUGGAGAUCGCGAGCCGCCAGGGGCGGGGCGAGGGGGAGGGGGGCAGUAUCGAUGGGUGGCGGGCGGAUGAUUUUGUGGUGAAGGGGUAUAAUCCGCACAAGAUCAUUCCGAUGGAGAUGAGUGUGUAG